CCAGAGGGGGAUUAGUAGAAGCAGGUCUAGUUGCUGAGCUGGUCUGAGGUAAGGGGCAGUGCCCUCACCCCAGGUCCCGGGGCGGCUGACGUGGCCCCGGGGCGUUCCUGGGAGCUGGGGCCCAAGGAGGUCAGAUCCAGAGCCCCGGGAGGAGCCGGCCCGCAGCCACGUGACCGACCGCGGCAGGGCUCGAGGCCUAGAAAUAGCAGCGGUGGCGGUUCCGCCAGCGGGUGCCGCGAGGAAAAGGCGGAGACUGGAGGACGCUGGCUUGGCGUGGGGAGACACGGCCCGGGCCCCGGAGGAUGCUGAGCCCCUGCCCGGUCCGGCCCCGAGCACAUGAUGGCGAUACGGGAGCUCAAAGUGUGUCUUCUCGGGGACACUGGGGUUGGGAAAUCAAGCAUUGUAUGUCGAUUUGUCCAGGAUCACUUUGACCACAACAUCAGCCCGACCAUUGGGGCUUCUUUUAUGACCAAAACUGUGCCUUGUGGAAAUGAACUUCAUAAGUUCCUUAUCUGGGAUACUGCUGGUCAGGAACGGUUUCAUUCAUUGGCUCCCAUGUACUAUCGUGGAUCUGCUGCAGCUGUCAUUGUGUAUGAUAUUACCAAACAGGACUCAUUCCAUACCUUAAAGAAAUGGGUGAAAGAACUGAAAGAACAUGGCCCAGAAAACAUUGUAAUGGCUAUCGCUGGAAACAAAUGCGAUCUCUCAGAUAUUAGGGAAGUUCCCUUGAAGGAUGCGAAGGAAUAUGCUGAAUCCAUAGGUGCCAUCGUGGUUGAAACAAGUGCAAAAAAUGCUAUUAAUAUUGAAGAGCUCUUUCAAGGAAUCAGUCGCCAAAUCCCACCCUUGGAUUCCCACGAAAAUGGAAACAAUGGAGCAAUCAAACUUGGGAAGCCCACUGCGCCAGCCAGCCGACGGUGCUGCUGACCAGGGCCCAUGGCCCACUGUACUUGAAGAAGCCAGAGCCACCUCCCCACGCACUGCUGAAGGACCCCCUUCUCGGUGGCCUGGCACCUCACUUAGAGAGAAGUGAGCACACUGGCUUGGCAUCCUGGAAGACCUGCAGGGCAUAGGGCAGGAAAAGUCCCUAAAGGAUUUGAGAAAACUCUGGAAAAAUCCACCACCUAGUCUUUUCUGCAUAAAAUGCACACAGAAGAGAACGGAUGUUAUAUAAGUAUAGUUGAGUUUUUGUUAAAAACCUUAAAACAUUCUCAAUGUGUACAAAAUUCUUACUGAUUUACUGUGUGUGUGAGAUUCUAAAAGUGGUGUUCCACUCUGAUUGCCUGUGUUCCCUAGCCAAAUUCAAGUAACUUCUUCAGUGCCAUUGCCUUUGUUACCUAACCAGCUUUCACUAAAAGGUUAACUUAAUUUUAUUUAAUUUACCAUUCAAUGGAGUAUAAUUGGAUCAUCACUCAAGCUGUAGACUUGAGCUGUUAUAAAAGUAGAGAAAGAUGUAUUAGAAACUGUCGCCUACAUCUCUGACUUCUACUUGAUGAACACUUUCCUAGGUUUUAGUCACAUAUAAACAAACAAAUCAAAUCUGAGUAAAAUAUUGCAUGUAAUUUUGGGGUUGGGGGGCCUGGUUUGGAAGAGCCAUUUAAGUGGUUACUGUAUAAGCAGCAACAGAUGUGGGAUGUACAUAUUACUCCAGAGACUACUUGGAACACAUCACCUCCCUGACAAUAAAUUCCUACUCUUUUAGAGAGGGUUAACUCACAGAGUAUUAUUUUAUUAACAGAGUAUGUCAGCAUCAUAUCUGGGGGGCGGGAAUUAACUGGAGGACAUUUGAGUCUAUAUCAUAGGGCAGACCUCUAAUAAUUGCAAUUAAUACAGGAAAGCCAGUCAAGGGAAGUACCAGCACCUUAAGAUUGUAGACCCCAACUGCAAAAUUGGAGAAAGCAUUUUAGAGGAUGCCAAGCUUGGGGAGGUAGAUAUUUGGGCUUAAUAGGGGCCCAAUGCUAGAAUACGAAUUAACUAAGAACAGGCUUUGAUAAAAACCUUCCUUUUAAGGUUUCCUGUCUGCUCAAUUAAUAAGAGAUGUCUGAAUCCAAAGGCAGAAAAGGGAGAAAAAGCAUGAAGAAGAAGAAAAGCUAUUUCCGUUCCAAAUUCAAAUUCAGUAACCAUUCUAACUUUCAUAAAAACCUGGGAUCAAGAAGUAGUUGGUUUCCUAUUAGGGCUUAUACUGCAAGGCAAUUGUUGAAAGAUGUUCAGAUCAGGGCCUUUUGUGGGAGCUAGGAAACUGUAAAAACAAUAGCCUCAGAAAUAGUUAACCAUGUAGCAUGGUCCAGCCUGUAUACCUUCUUUUCAUGAAUGUUCAAGGGCCAGCAAACAUUUAUUGAAAACCUGCAAUGUGAAAGCCAGGGGAGAGGUCAUGAACAGAUUAAAGACCUUGAACUUUGAGUAGCUCAGUGUGGGCUGCUUCUUCACAGACUUGUCACAUCUGUGUCUUCCGUGCUCUGAUGCAUAGAGACACUGAGUACCACCUUCAACAAAGAGGAAGAGUCCUUGAGAGACCAGGGCCAAGUUUACACUUGUUUAUGUGGAUGGUAAUCAAAACAACAGGUGGAAAUCACAAAAUUAAGGAAUGUUUUUAAAGUCAAGAAUAUGCUGUCUACUUGAUGUUCUUCACCCAGCUUGCAAGAGUAGUUUGACAUCUUGGAAUGUGAAGGUUGGAAGCACUUAUUUUUGGUUCAAAAGUGCCUCUUAGUUCUCCCAGUCAGGUACCUCAAAAAAUGUUAGCAAGUGCCAUUUGAAUGAGUUGGCAGGGCCUUUGCAGGGCUUUUAAGGAUUUUUUCCACAUUGUGAACAUUACUGAUUAACAUGAUUGUGCUUGCAGGCCAAGCAAUUUUCAUGCCUCUUUUGAAUGUUAAAAAAAUUAGAAUGAAAAUUGAAAUGACCUCUUUCCAGGUUGCAUGCAGGCCUUUUUGGAACCUUCCCUCAUUCACUUAUCCCUGACAACCUGGCUUUAUCUCUAGACAGCCUCUCAGCUUUGAACUGGGCCUAUAGUGGUUGCAUUAUGCAUAAAAUGGCUCAUCUCAUCCUCAUGUAGCAAGCUACCCAUGAAUGGGGUCACAGUUUUAUUUCAGAGGCACAUGAGGGUAUUGCUUCACCUUUCUGUACUGUUUUAACUGUUCAAGCCAGUCAGAUGUGUACACACACACACACACACACACACACACACACACAUGAUCACUACUUGGAACAAAGUAGCGACACUUGGCACAGAAGCCUUUGCAGAAAUGUGGAGUCAUCUCUGAAGGUAGAUGCUCAAGCUUUGUUCAGGCUUUCUUUUCUUCUUUAAUUCUGCCUUAUGAUUACUUCCUGGCUAUUUAAUAAUUGAACUAUAACUAAGUAAUAUUAUGUAAAUGCCUGGUAAUUACUGUUGCUCCAAAAUGACAAGUAGUUUCAUAUGAUAUAACAUUCUUCACAUAAUUUUCCAAAACUGCUCCUUUUUCUCUGUUUUUUUCUUUCAUGUGUGAUAUAAUGUGUAUAUGUGUAAAUAUGAUUUCAUAUUUGUUUCAUCAACAUAUAAUCCAUUUCACUGGCUGAGUUUGGCUCACGACUGUGUGUUAUAUAAUACAGGCAUGGGUUCUCAUUGGGAUUAUUUUCCAAUGGAAAGCAGUGGAGUCAUACAAGUAUUCUAUGUAGGUAUAUAAUUGACUUGCCAUUUCAUGGUUGAAAAUAGUACACUAGGAUGCUGAAUAUGAUGUUACCUUGUAGACUAUAGAAGGUUGAAGACUUGAAACUAACCCUUAGCCAACCAAAGGGCUGUGCCCCAAUGAGAACUGAAUUCAUUUUUUGAGGAAUAUGGCAUGUGAUGGCUGCAUUGCAUUAGCUUAUAAACAAAAGGCUCUGAGCUGUAUUCAGACCUGUUAAGUAUCUAGUUUAUUCUUUUAACAGUCAUUGUUGAAACCAGACCCAGUGAUCCAAUGUCAGUACUCUGUUGUGUAAACCCCUCCCUUUUCUCAUGUUUUUAUAAAGGCCUUCUGUCUGGGCUGGACCCAGUUCUCACAUAGAGAAGACAUUGCUGUAGACAAUUAGGACCUGUCCACCUUGUAUUCAUUCUAUAGUAAAGCACUGCCCUCAACAUUGCCCAGUUGUAUCUGUUAUUUUUGGUUUAAUAACACUGAUUCAUACUAAUAAAUAUUUUAACUUUUA